AUGGAAAAGAUUCCAUAUAGUUCUGCAGUUGAGAGCUUGAUGUAUGCUCAUGUAUGCACUCGUCCUGAUAUAGCAUUUGCUAUUAGUGUCCUUGGUAUAUACUUGAGUAAUCCCGGACUGAGUCACUGGAAAGCUGCAAAGAAAGUUAUAAGAUAUUUUCAAGGCUAUGUAGAUAAUAGAAAAUCUACUUCUGGUUACAUCUUCAUGGUGCCUGGAGGAGCUGUUUCUUGGAAAAGUAUCAAACAGACACUUACCGCUACCUCCACUAUGGAAGCAGAGUAUGUUGCUUGUUAUGAGGCCACUUGUCAAGCUAUUUGGUUAGAGAAUUCUAGUCGAAGUAAACAUUUUGAUGUCAAAUUCCUGUUUGUUCGAGAGAAGAUUCGUGAAUCACAGACUCGGAUUGAAUAUAUUACUACGGACCGAAUGAUUGCGGAUCCGUUAACCAAAACUUUGCCCAUUAGUGUUUUCCAAAAGCAUGUUGCGCAUAUGGGUGUAGUGAAAACUUUUGAUGAUGCUUUGGUUUAG